UUUAUCUCUCUCAUUUAUUGUUUCAGUUGGAGAUUCAAAACAAAGCAACCACCGAGAAAAAGAAAAAAAUAACAAAAAAUGGAAAUAUUAACUCGAUUCACACAACAAUCCCUUGAUUUGGAUUUUUGAUAUAUUUGAUUUUCUUGUUCACCUAUUCAGCUUUUUCUUUCUCUUGAUUUUCUUGGACGGAGCUUUGUGCUAUCCUCUCCUGCUAUUCUAAUUUUGCCGUUCAGGUUUUUUGUUGUCUUCAAAUUAAUCUGCAAUCCCAUUUUAGGGGGAACGGAAAAAUGACCUAUUUUUUCUUGCUGUGGCCAAGAUUGUGACUUACACGCGCUCGUGGCUUUCCCGAUUUUGUUAACUUUUAGGAACCUGGGAAUUAUCAUGUUCUAGAAGAGUUUUAUGUACAUGGUCCAGUAGCACAGGAUAAUGACGCGUUCUAUAAGAAAUGUGUUGGCAAUUAAAUCCUAUCAAAACAAGGCCGGUGUGCUGGUCAGAAACUAUGUGCUUGCAGAUCCUUAUAUACCAUACACUUCUGUCCUCAGUGGAAUGUUUACAUGUAAAUUGUCAUUGUUUGGCACAUGGCAGCUCUAUGAUAUGACUCAGCUCGUCAGCACGUUUUAUUUCCAAAGUUACAACGGCCUCACCAAAAUUCAAAGAAUAGAGUGGAACAAUCGUGGUGUUUCCACUCUUCAUGCUGUUUUUAUUUCAGCAAUGUCCUUGUACUUUGUGUUCUGGUCUGAACUUUUCUCUGAUAACAAUUCUGCUGGCCUAAUUACGUUCAGAUAUUCAUCUCUCUCAACAUUUGCGCUAGGGAUGUCGGUUGGAUACUUCAUUGCAGACCUUGGAAUGAUUUGUUGGUUAUAUCCUUCUUUGGGUGGGGUAGAGUAUAUUGUCCAUCACUCUCUUUCAGCAAUUGCAGUUGCAUACUCCCUGUUAACUGGGGAGGGUCAGCUGUACACGUUCAUGGUCUUGAUAUCUGAAGUGACAACCCCAGAGAUCAAUAUGAGAUGGUAUCUUGACAUAUCUGGAUUGAAGAGAUCCAAUGCAUAUCUGAUCAAUGGUGUCGUGAUAUUUUUUGGUUGGUUGGUGCGUAAUCUGCAUUCUUUGUCCUUUUAUGGGUUUAUACUUGAUAUGUAUUAAGAUUUAUUGGUUUGGAACAUAAUAUUCUGUGCAUAAUGCUUUGAAUCCCAAUGUAGUGGGACCUCAUUUUGAUUUUUGACUAUUACACGUUAAAGCUUACUAAAGUUAAUUUAUCAAAUGCAGGUGGCAAGAAUUCUUUUGUUUGUUUACAUGUUUUACCAUAUAUACCUUCACCAUUCUCAGGUCAUGCAGAUGCACACCAUUGGAUUUUUUUUGGUGUUUUUUGUACCAUUGACCCUUGCUAUCAUGAACAUGUGGUGGUUCUGGAAGAUUCUCAAGGGUUUGAAGAAGACACUGACAAAAAGGAAAUGACGGGUUUUGUAGACCACUUCACCAAGUGCUCAACAAUGUUAUGCAGAUUUUCACGGGCUGACGAUGAAAUCAUUUUUUGCAUGUUAUGUGAAAUGCAGAGUAAAAAUGGUAUCAAUGUAAUCCAAAAUGAAGUCGGGUACCGCUUUUGUUAUCAUGUCUAAAUAUAAUUCCAUUCGAUACUUUCUAAUCACAUUUGUUUUGGCCACCGUCUUGGAAAAAAAAGGUCUUGUUAGAAAGAGGGACGGAGAAAGUAAGAACAGAAUUCCUCUGUAUAUCUUGUUCAUAUUAGCGCUCACUGAUAUGUUACUUCAAUAUGUUUUUACUUUUUUUUUUGUUUUGUUUUAAUUUUGCUGUUCUCCAAA